AUGUCACACCAAAAGAUAUCUGCUUUUCCGGAUGGGAACUCUUUUGUUCAUUUUAACCACUCCAUUGGUAAAUUGAUAAUUGCCAAUAGUGAAGGAUUAAUGAAAAUCCUUAACACUAAUGAUCCUGAAUCCCAACCCAUCUCGAUUGACAUUUUAGAUAAUUUGACGUCGUUAUCAUCUAAUGAAGAUAAAUCCAUUGUGCUAACAACUACUGAAGGGAAAUUAGAACUUAUUGAUUUAUCCACCAACACAUCCAAAGGUGUUUUAUAUAGAUCUGAAUUACCAUUACGUGACACUGUAUUUAUUAACCAGGGAAACCGGGUAUUAUGUGGAGGAGAUGAGAAUAAAUUGGUUAUUGUUGAUUUGCAAACCACUGGUAGUGAGGAUGAUGAUGACAAUAAUAUAGUUAGCACCAUUACAUUACCUGAUCAAGUAGUCAAUAUUUCUUAUAAUAUGGCGGGAGAAUUAUCAGCAAUUAGUUUAUCAAAUGGUAAUGUUCAAAUCUAUUCAGUGGUGAAUGAACAACCAAACUUGAUUUAUACUAUAAGCAGUGUGAUCCCGACUAAAAUUCACACGUCAAUGGACAAAGUUGAUUACAACGAUGAACAUCAUGAUGAAUUAUUCAGUACCAAAACUCAAUGGUCCAUCAAUGGACAAUUUUUAUUGGUCCCCACUGUUGAUAAUCAGAUUCAUGUAUAUGAUAGACAGGAUUGGACUAAAGUUGUUAAAAAGUUCACUAAUGAUAAUGUUAAAAUAAUUGAUUUCAAUUUACUGGCUCAAGGUAAUUUAGCUAUAAUGUCAUUAAAUUCAUUCAAAGUGUUCAACUUUAGUAGUGAGAAAUUAAUCAAUGAAGAUGAUUUUGAGUUUGAUGAAGAUGGGUAUCCAUUGAAUAUCAUUUGGAAAGAUAACAAUUUGUUUGUUGGAAGUACUGUUGGUGAGACUUUGCAUUUGCGCAAUGCUGUCAAGGGUAAAACCGAUGAUGUCUUAACCAGCUUAUUUAUAAGUGAUGCUGAAGAAGAUGAAGAGGAAGAUGAGAAUGGUAGCAGGAAAAAAGGAGUUGUCGAAGAAGACGAAGGUAAUGACACUGAUGCAUUGUUAAGAGAUUCUGAUGAUGAGCAAGAUAUUAAUAUUGAAGAUAGAGUUGGCCAACGUAAGAGAAAUCGCAGACCCUAUAAGUUGCAUGAAGAAGAUGACUUGGUUAUAGAUGAAGAUGAUAAUGAAAACUUGGGAUUCGAUGAUAGAGGGAUGUCCAAUGGAUAUAGCACUAAUGGACACAAAAGAUAUAAAUCUCGUUCACCUUUGGAAGCAGCACCACCUAAAGCAUCCAAAAUCAAACCAUAUUCACCAGGGUCUACUCCUUUUGAACAUCGAGGCACUUCUGCUGACAGAAGGUAUUUGACAAUGAAUAAUAUUGGAUACACAUGGGUUGUUCAAAACAAAGACACGACAGAUGAUGCUACAAAUGGCAGUGGAGGGAACAGCAUUACUGUUUCAUUUUUUGACAGAUCACUAAAUACUGAAUAUCAUUUUACCGACUAUCAUAAUUUUGAUUUGGCAUCGAUGAAUCAACGAGGAGUGUUAUUAGGUACUAGUUCGGCAGGACAAAUUUAUUACCGAUCCCAUAAUGAAGCAACUAAUGAUUCUUGGGAUAAGAGGUUACCGUUGCUAGUAGGGGAAUACAUAACAAGCAUUUGCAUCACCAAUAAUGCCUCGGCAACAAAUACGAUCAUUGUUGGUACCAACUUGGGAUACUUGCGAUUCUUCAAUCAAUUUGGUGUUUGCAUUAAUAUACUUAAAACAUCACCAAUAGUGACAUUGAUUGCAUCAGCAACUGCUAAAUUAUUUAUGAUUAAUCAAAUAGCCACCAAUGUUUAUUCGUACCUGAUACUUGACAUAAAUCAAGACUAUAAAUAUAUCCAACACAAUGCACCGAUGCCAUUGAAAGAUCAUUUCCAGUUAAUCAAGGGGAUUUUUUUCAAUGAAUUUAAUGAUCCAUGUAUAGUUGGUGGAGAGGAUGAUACAUUGUUGAUUUUACAUUCAUGGAGAGAAUCCAAUAAUGCCAAAUGGAUUCCUAUUUUGAACUGUCAUAAAGUAUUAACUGAAUAUGGGUCCAACUCAAACAAGAAGAAUUGGAAAUGCUGGCCAUUGGGAUUUGUUGGUGAUAAAUUGAAUUGCUUGAUUUUGAAGAAUAAUAGUCAAUACCCUGGUUUCCCAUUACCAUUACCAAUUGAAUUGGAGGUGGAAUUACCAAUCAAAGUUAAAUAUGAAGAGGAUGAAGCAGAAGAGAAUUUCUUGCGUUCAUUGACACUAGGUAAAUUGAUAUCAGAUUCUCUUAAUGAUGAAUUACCUGGAGAAGUUGAUGAAGAUGAGGUUAUGGAGAGAUUAAAUCAAUAUAGUCUUUUGUUUGAUAAAUCUUUAUUGAAAUUAUUUGGGGAAUCUUGUAAAGAAAGCAAACUUGGUAAAGCAUUUAGUAUUGCUAGAUUAAUCAAGACAGAUAAAGCCUUAUUGGCUGCUUCCAGAAUAGCAGAGAGAAUGGAAUUUUUGAACCUUGCAUCCAAAAUUGGUCAAUUAAGAGAACUGUUGGUAGAUAUAGACGGGGAUAGUGAUUAA